GCGCUGGCCGAGCCGGCGAACGCGCUGUCGCUGCCCACCUGGGCCGUCCACGUCUCCAGCGUCGCCGAGUGGGUGACGGCGAUGGCGCUGGUCUGGGACUACGGGGAGCGCACGGGGUUGAAGGGCUGGAAGGGCCUCUCAUGGGGGAUGGUUCCGCUUCUCGGCGGGGCGAUGUGCGCGUGCACGUGGCAUUUCUUCUACAAUUCAGAGUCUCUCGAGGUACUUGUGGCGCUUCAAGGUGCGCUUACAGUGAUCGGUAACAUAACAAUGUGCAUAGCUGCGUACCGCAUCUACAAAGGGUCCCAAGAAAGCACUAACAGCAACAGUCCAUAACCUGUGUAUGCACUCUUUCUCGAACAUCUGUCUGUCGGGUGGAAGCUUCAGCUUCUUUUUCCUUCUUACUAAGAGUUUUUCUUCUGUAGAUUUGAAUACCGUUCUUAAUUUGUAAAUCUGUCACACCUGAUUCGAGAAAAUGCAAAUGAUGGAUGCAAAGAAGGUAGACAAAGAAA